AUGAUGUCUUCAUCCAUCAUUCGUAUCGCAAUCUUUGCCUGCCUUGCCUUCUGUACCUUGGUCUAUACACAAGCUAUUGGUAAUGGCCGUCUUUUGGUCCAAGUACAAAACACUGUCGUCACUUGUGGAUCAGCAACGGUACAAUGGGUUUGGACAGGAUCAGCUUAUGAUGAAAUGACUCACGCUAUUUCCAUUGCUGUCGUAGAGGCUGGCAAUAAUGACGACAGUGACGAUUCAGGAUUCAACAAACGUAACAUUGAAGGAUUUCAACUUACAGAACACAAACGAACCAUCAAACGUCGAUCUGCAAGCAAGAUGCAACGCUUACAAGCCCGUAGAAUGGCAGUACGAAUCGCAGGUGGAUCUAACAUUCCAUUGAGCGUUCAAUCAUGGACAUGGACAACUGUUGCUUUGGCUCCUGGAACGUAUCAGCUUGCAGUUACGAUUCUUAAUACAGGAAUCACUGUAAUGAGUGAUCCCUUCAAUGUAGUGACUGGGGACAGUACGACGUGCUUAGGUACAACAUCAUACCAAUCCACAGACUUACCUGAUUCCACCAGUACUGCACCAAGCACUUCGCAGACAAAUCAAAGUACAAACACAUCUGCUACCAACACAGCAGCUAACACAAGCGCACCACAAAAUUCAUCAUCCACAACGCUACCUGCUUCAAGCUCCGUCGCAGCCACAAGUCCAGCCUCGAACGACUCACAGCAGCAAUCUCAGGCUAACACAGACCAAGGUAGUCAAGGUAAUCAAGGUAGCAGCAAUGGAGGAAAGAUUGCCGCUGGUGUUCUUGUCCCCAUCUUGGCGAUCAUUGGAGUGAUUGCAUUCUUUUACUGUUGCCGUAAACGCAAUAUGAACGAAUCUGCUGAACGUCGUCAAGGCUGGUCCGAGAAGGCUAUCACAUUGCUCAACAGAGGCUCCAGCAAACGUAGCCAAACGCAUGUUCGUAAUAUCAGUCAGCCAACGAAUGUUAUUCAUUCUGCUGGACUUACACAACACAAUGCAGAUAUCCGCAAUGAAAUGGUAGAAGCCAGAGAAGGUUGCACACACGAACCAAGAAUGCAGGCAAACGGUGAACACUGGGUCGAUUUGGCUACCGAUACAGAUGCUCGUCCAAUUUCGUCCGAUCACAUGCAAGAUAUUGUUCGUAUUAGCAUGAAUCAAAGCCGUGAUGAGCCAAUGGAUACUUCACUGCCAAGUACACGUACUGAAUCUGUUUCAACUGCUGCCUCUACAUUACCUCCCUACCUAAGAGAGGUAAGAUCGCCUGCGCCAUCAUUUGGACAAGAUGCAAGUGGACGACCUUUGGUUUUUGCAGCAGGUGCCAAAAGAGCUGAAGAUGACAGAAGAUCUUCGCAAACAUCUACAGUGAUGCAUGAUCUCAGUCGAAAUGGAUCGGUGACAAGUAACGCAACAGUGACUGUUGGACGUAAAGACAGCACUCGUGAUUUGACCCGAAACAACUCAAAGAACAGUAUUCGACGCAAACCUGUUCCUCGUAUUUCAAUCUCACCAGAUCAAGUUGAAACGGUACAAUCACCUCAAGCAAUUGUUUCUGAUGAACAUGGACCUUUCGCUGAUGACAAACAAGUUUCUCCGUUUGAACAGGUAGGCGAAAGUUCUUCGCAACUGUUAUCGACAAAGACGCUUCUGCAAAGUGCUCCACCAGUCCAAUCUCAUUCUUCGGUUGGAUCUGGAAAGACGAUUAACCAUGAACAAUUACAAGAGAAGUUAAGUGGAGAUGAAGAAAUUUUACAAACACCAAAACAUUCUAGCAGAGCAGAUGUUCCGGAAAGCGUACAUCCUUCACCCAUGAGCCUUCACGAGUCCAGUCCGAACCUAGACCAAGAAAGUAGAAUACCUACUCUUUCCUCUUCUAGGCUACGAUUCGAAAGCUCAAAUGAAGAUGAUGUGCCAGGAAUUGCGCAUCCUACGGCCGAACAACGUGAAGCGUGGAAGCUAAGCAUACAAUUGCAAGAAGAAGAUCGUGGCUUCAGUGUCAAUUUUCCUUCGCCGCCUUGA